AUGAGCAGAGGCUACCUGUAUGCGGGUCUGGAGUUCGGGGCCGAGUGCUACUGCGGUCACAAGGUCCAGGGGGCCAACGUCACGGAGAGCGAGUGCAACAUGGAAUGUAAAGGCGAGCGGAGCAGCGCAUGCGGCGGGGCCAACCGCCUCUCCAUCUACAGACUGGAGCUGAGCCACGAGUCGGCCCGGCGCUAUGGAAGUGCCAUAUUCAAGGGCUGCUUCCUCAAGCCCGACAACGUCUCUCUGGCCCUUCCUGUUACAGCGGUCUUACAAAACAUGUCUAUUGACAAGUGUGUUGACAUGUGCACAGAGAAGGAGCAGUCUCUGGCAGUGCUGGCUGGGGACCGCUGCCACUGUGGCUUCCCGACGUCACACUUCUCCCUCCACGAGCCCGAGGAGGAGAACAUGUGCCUUCACCGCUGCCAUGUGGAGGAGCUGGAGAGCUGUGGGAACGACCAGUACUUUGUUGUCUAUCAAACACAGGUUCAAGACAACCGUUGCAUGGACCGCCGCUUUCUGCCCUCCCGCUCCAAGCUGCUGCAGGCCCUGGCCAGCUUCCCCGGCGCCGGAAACACCUGGGCCCGGCACCUCAUCGAGCUCGCCACAGGCUUCUACUCGGGCAGCUACUACUUCGACGGCUCGCUCUACAACAAAGGAUUUAAGGGGGAGCGAGACCACUGGCGGAGUGGAAGGACCAUCUGCAUCAAGACCCAUGAGAGCGGGAAGAAAGAGAUCGAAGCCUUUGACUCCGGCAUUCUCAUGAUCAGGAACCCCUACAAGGCCCUCAUGGCGGAGUUCAACCGCAAAUAUGGCGGCCAUAUUGGGUUUGCAUCCCAGGCUCACUGGAAGGGGAAGGAGUGGCCCGAGUUUGUGAAGAACUACGCUCCAUGGUGGGCGUCCCACACCCUGGACUGGCUGCGCUACGGGAGGCACGUCCACGUGGUUCACUUCGAGGACCUGAAGCGGGACCUCUUCUCCCAGCUCAAGGCCAUGGUGCUGUUCCUGGGUCCUGUGGUGUCUGAGGACCGCUUGCUCUGCGUGGAGGGUCAGAAGGACGGGAACUUCAAGCGCUCGGGCCUGCGCAAGCUCGAGUACGAUCCCUACACGCCGGAGAUGUGCGCGGACAUCAACAAACUGAUCCGAACGGUGGACGUCGCGCUGAGGGCGAAGAACAUGUCGGGCGUGCCCAUGGAGUACAUGCCGAGAUGAUACACAAGAUGGCUCCCCCUUUUCACUGUCGUCGUUGGACGUGAUUUUGUUUUUCCCCUUCUGUUGUUUAACAUUUAAUUUAAAUGAUUUUUUCUGUUCUGAAAUUCCCCGUAAACUUUCUUUUGUGAUGUUGGCUGUUGAAGUAUAUAGCAGCGGUUCAAUGUUUAUUUAUUAUUUGGGUUUUAGAAAUGCGUACUUGUUGAAUGAGAUCCGUCAAAGAGGAGUAUUUGUUGCAACGAUGCCUUAGUAAGAAGGUAGAUUUGCUCUCAUAGUAUGGAGGCAAAUCGCUGUUUUACCACAGAAUCAUAAUCAUAGUGGAAGGAAAAAUGCAAUACAAAGGUUUGUUGAAACACUGUAUGGAAUAUAAUAUGGACUUUAUUUUUGUGAAAAAUAGAAUUGAAAAGAUGUCUGCUGCUACCACAGCUAUGAAUAAUGCUAUUUUAUACACCGCAGAUUGAUCCUGUAUUUAAAGGAAGCCCAAUGCUGGUUUGAAAAAAACACUUGCAUCUUACCCGUGAUGAUGGUUGUAUUUGUACUCUUCUCUUCGAGACUCUUGCCUCUCCAUAACUCUAUAUUCACAAGGAUAGUGAUACCCGAAGCAGUAAAAUCAGCGGAACUUAAUAACUGAUGUUAAUACGGCAAUUUUGUUUUCGGAUUUGCAGAUGUGACUUGGCUAAGUUAUGUUUUCUACACUGGACUAUCCCAAAUAGCAUUAACUGUGCAUGACCACGUCCCCCGAAACCACUGAGGAAUUUGGCAUUAUGUUUUACGAUAUGUUAUUAUUAUUAUUAUGAUUUAAUGUAAAACUCAGAUCUCCUUUAGACUCAAGAAAACUUAUGGUAGUACCCCCAUGUUAAUCGUAGCACAUAAGGUUAAAAAAAAAGAAGAUGAAAAAAAUGAAAACAUCCAAUUUGAUGAUAGUAAUAAUAAUAAUAGUAUUUUUUUAAAGGAUUCUAUGGUUACUUUUCUUCUCGACUGCUAAUGUAGCUUAAGCAAAUCCAAUCUACUCCAAAAGCGUAAUGCAUUCUGUUAAGGGUUUUUAAAAUUGCACUUUUAACACUAACCUGUAACCUGCUACUAUGUAUGCUUCAAUAAAAACACAAGCUUCUAAAGAACUUCCAUAUACUGUAUACUAUACAUGUAUAUAUUUUUAAACAUUUAAAAAAUAAGGAUAACAGCAGAACCUUUGUAAGGCGAGAUAUUGUUUUCUAUUUUUACACCUGCAUUAAGCUUGAGUCAAACUUGCUUUCAUGGAAGGACUGGCAGUCUGUAUAAGGAUGUCACAUGAGAAUGUAUUUUCUAUAUGGGAUGAAUGUAAUGUGUUAAAGGCCCAAUAAAUACUCUAAUUAGGUAAAUUCAUCAGUGUUCUGUGAUGUGAGGUCAUUCAAUCAUUACGUGUAGGAAAGACGAUCAAUAACUACAAUUAUUCAAUAAUUGCUCCAUUUUGUUGAGCAAUUAUUAUAUGUAUUAAUAAUAGGCAUACCUGUCGUUAAUAAUAGGCCUAUAAGGAGGAACAUUUCCUUGUUUGUUUGUUGUCAUAGGAGAAGACUGUAUAUGAAGUGAUACAAAUACAUUAAUUCAUGUCUUAAGGCCUUCCCAAAAAAGGAUCUCGCUCUGCACUAAGGGUCAUAAAAAGUGACGCUAUGGGCUAUGAACUCUAGCAUCUAAACAUAUCUAUGUAAAAAGAAAAUGUGUAUUCAAGGAUGACAUUACAAAUCGUUGAUGGAAUAGUAAAUGUGCCACAUGUUUCUUAUAAACUUUGCCAUCCUACGAAUGAUCUAAUCACAUUAGUUUAUUACAAAGUUAUUACUUAGAAAAUAUUACUUAGAAAAUAUAAAUAAUGAUUUCACAAAAUUCGUACAUACACAUUCCUUUUAAUAU